GGCAAGUUAAUGUAUUAUAUAAAAUGGAAACAUUUUCCUGAUUCAGAAAAUUCAUGGAUAGACGAAACAGAUAUUAAUGGAAUAAAUUUAAUUUCGAUGUAUUGGCAAACUUUAUAUGAGAGUUAUCAAAAUACCCAAAACAAGCUUCAAAAUGAACUUCAAAAUGCUCAAAAAUGCAUCAAUGAUAAAAACAAUGAAAUUACGCUAAUUCAAAAUGAGUUUCAAAAUGCUCAAAAAUGCAUUAAUGAUAAAAAUAAUGAAAUUGCGCUAAUUCAAAACGAGAUUCAAAAUCUCAAAGACAGAAUUCAAAAUAUGAAGAGAUUAAAAAAUCUAGAAAUCAUUGACAUGAAUAUUGAUCAAACUAUGAAUACCUCAUCUGACAAUUCCUCAGAGAAUUGUCAACAGAAUAGUAAAAAGACAAUUCAAACACCUAUCUCGAUUCGUCAAAAGGAAUUGUCUGACAGUUCAUCUGAUGAUGACACCGAUAACAAAAAUUAA